AGCACUACUCUUCCUUUGCUCGCUGAGCUGCUCGUCCAACUCAUAGCCAGAGACACAGCACACGCAACCCGCAUUUCCAUUCCAUUCAAACUCUUUCAUUCUGCCCCGUCGCUGCUGAGCUCGCACCCUCUGCCGCCCCGCCCGGAGCAAUUCGCCGCCGUUGAAGGAUCGUUCCCGGUCGGCGUGAUGAAGAAGGUUGUGCUGAAGCUGGACCUCCACGACGACAAGCAGAAGCAGAAGGCGCUCAAGGUCGUCUCCGGUCUCCAAGGUAUCGACCAGAUCGCCGUGGAUAUGAAGGACCAAAAGAUGACGGUCAUCGGCAGCGUCGACCCCAUCGACCUCAUGGCCAAGCUGCGCCGAAAGCUCUUCCCCACGGCGCAGAUCGUCUCCGUCGGCCCGGCCAAGGAGGAGAAGAAGGACGACAAGAAGGGCGGCGACAAGAAGGACGCCGCCGGAGGGGACAAGAAAGACGGCGGCGGGGACAAGAAGGACGCCGCCGGUGCGGACAAGAAGCAGCAGGUCGUGCCGGUGUACCCGCACCACUGGUACCCGCCGCCGCCGCAGCCGCGCUACGCCGUCCAUAGCGUCGAGGACGACCCCAACUCCUGCGUCAUCUGCUGAUCGGCGCGAGCCCGCCCAGGAGAUUCCCUUUGUACAUUUCUGCAGCUGGCCUGUCUGCCUGCCGGUCGAUCGGGACCUGCUCUGCUCGGUGGUGCCGCUGACGGUGGUUGGUGGUUGCUGUACUCGUCACCCUACCUGCUGCGAUGAUCGACGGCGUGCGCUAUAAUAUGUGGCCGCGUAAUUAACUAAGGACUGCAGAUGUGCUCGUCCGGUAGCUACUGUUUGGCUCUUUUUGGUAGAGAUGCAGUACAUCUCCCGGUCAGUUUGUAAUGUGCAUAUACACAACCACAGCCAGAAGAACUAUAAAUAGAAUUCCACAAUUUAAGUUUCGGAAAA